AGGAUGUCCGUUCAUGUUCGUCAUCGACUGCCAUUCAUCAUCCUUCCUCCACCAACCGCCAACCACCCACCCAUCACCCAUCACCCAUCAACCAUCGCAUCAUUUCAUUGUCCUAUCCGGUCAAAGCCAGCAGCAAACACACACAAAAGCACCAAUUAACCGUACAAACAGCGUCGCGCAAAAAUGUUGGCAAAGGCCUCCUGUAUCUCGCUCCACACCCUCGCCCUCAUCCUCUCAAUCCGUCCGCCGGCAUCCUCGACCACAGCGGAAAAGGCUGACAAGGUCAAGGAUGAGGGCCUCUUCUCUACCGUCAUGAUCAAGCUCCUGCCCCGCUUCGGACAGUCCGCCGCCGUCGUCGCCACUGCCGGCUAUAUCCUACUCAUGUCCCGCGGCGUCAUCUCCGGUCAACUGAAGCCCUGGCAGAUUGCAACAACCGUGUCCGGUGUCCUCGGUUACUUGCUCCGCGCAUGGUCCUUCAGGACCCUGGAUCGCUUCUUCACCUUCUCACUCACAAUCCGUCCCAACCACCGUCUCGUCCAGGAUGGUCCCUACCGGUACCUCCUCCACCCCUCCUACACAGGACUGAUGCUCACAGGGAUCCUUUAUCUCUUCUCAUUGGCUAAUGAGGGCUAUUGGACCAAGAUCAUUAAGCCGUACAUACCGGUUCCCGUCCCAGGCUCAGCCGUCACUGUCGCUGGCCUGCUUAUCUGCUAUGCCCUCACAGUGUUCAGAGUCCAGGGCGAGGAAAAGAUGCUGUCGCAACAUUUCGGGUCCGAGUGGACGCGUUACGCGAGUGAGCGUUGGCGAUUUAUUCCUUAUGUCCUCUGAAUUUCUAUCUAGUCUUAAUAGGUCUUUCUUUUUUAUUUUAUUUUAUUUUUUUCUUUACAAUAAUAAUAAAUGAUCAUGAAACGGAUAAAAAAAUCUAUAUGAACGAACGAGUGAACGAACGAGUGGACGAACGAAUGACGACAGUGCUUCUGCAUGCACAGUGUUCUUUCCCUUGUCAACCGGAUUAUCGACGCCGGCUUUAGAUCUUCAACUUCUUCUCCAAGU